AUGGGGAACCAUAGGCUGUGUUCAAAUGCCAGUAUCUUAUUAGCACAGUGGGAAGUGAGCACAGGCUCGUGCAAGACUGAAGUUUUAAGUGUCCUUCCACCGUCGGAGAAGAUGGAUGGGACGGAAAGAAAGGCAGGCCCAGGAGGACCUGGGUUAGAAGGGUUGACAGGAGGAAGGCACAUGUCGAGUGUUGCCUGUGAGUUGAACAGGAAAGGGGUGGAGGGAAGGAUGGUAGGGGGCCUUGGCAGCAGGAGAGGUGCUUUAGUGAACAGCUCUACAAGACUGGCUACAGAUCAUCCAGAUGUGCUGACUGUGCAGCUGCAGCUGGAGAGCCGAGAACUGAUCCUAAGUCUGGAAAGGAACGAGGGACUCAUUGCCAAUGGCUUCAUGGAGACCCAUUAUCUGCAAGAUGGCACUGACGUCUCCUCCACUCGAAACUACACGGAUCACUGUUACUACCAUGGACAUGUGCAAGGAGAUGCUGCCUCAGUGGUCAGCCUCAGUACUUGCUCAGGUCUCAGGGGGCUUAUCGUGUUUGAAAAUAAGACCUACAUCUUAGAGCCGAUGAAGAACACCACCGACAGAUACAAACUCGUCCCAGCUGAGAACAUGAAGAGCAUCCAGGGCUUGUGUGGGUCACAUCAUAACCAUUCCAGCCUCACCAUGGAAGCUGUCUCCCCUGAACCCUCUCAAAUGUGGUCAAGAAGGCAUAAAAGAGAGACCCUUAAAAUGACCAAGUAUGUGGAGCUGGUUAUUGUGGCAGACAACCGAGAGUUUCAGAGGCAAGGAAAAGAUCUGGAGAAAGUCAAGCAGCGGUUAAUAGAAAUCGCUAAUCACGUUGACAAGUUUUACAGACCCCUGAACAUCCGGAUCGUGCUGGUUGGGGUGGAAGUGUGGAAUGAUAUCGACAAAUGCUCUAUAAGCCAGGACCCAUUCACCAGUCUCCACGAAUUUCUGGACUGGAGGAAGAUAAAGCUUCUACCUCGCAAAUCCCACGACAACGCCCAGCUUAUCAGUGGGGUUUAUUUCCAAGGAACCACCAUCGGCAUGGCGCCCAUCAUGAGCAUGUGCACCGCAGAGCAGUCUGGGGGCGUCGUCAUGGAUCAUUCAGACAGCCCCCUUGGCGCUGCCGUGACCUUGGCACAUGAGCUGGGCCACAAUUUCGGAAUGAACCAUGACACACUGGAGAGGGGCUGUAGCUGCAGAAUGGCGGCCGACAAAGGAGGCUGCAUCAUGAACCCUUCCACCGGGUUCCCGUUCCCCAUGGUGUUCAGCAGCUGUAGCAGGAAGGACCUGGAGGCUAGCCUGGAGAAGGGGAUGGGGAUGUGCCUCUUCAACCUGCCAGAGGUCAAGCAGGCCUUUGGGGGCCGGAAGUGUGGAAAUGGCUACGUGGAAGAGGGCGAAGAGUGUGACUGUGGGGAACCAGAGGAAUGUACCAAUCGCUGCUGUAACGCCAGCACCUGCACUCUGAAGCCGGACGCUGUCUGCGCACAUGGGCAGUGCUGCGAGGACUGCCAGCUGAAGCCUCCAGGAACUGCAUGCAGACCCUCCAGCAAUUCCUGUGACCUCCCAGAAUUCUGUACAGGGACUGCCCCGCACUGCCCAGCCAAUGUGUACCUUCAUGAUGGGCACCCGUGUCAGGGAGUGGAUGGUUACUGCUACAAUGGCAUCUGUCAGACCCACGAGCAACAGUGUGUCACACUCUGGGGACCAGGUGCUAAACCAGCCCCUGGCAUCUGCUUCGAGAGAGUCAACUCCGCAGGGGAUCCUUAUGGCAACUGUGGCAAAGACUCCAGGAGCGCCUUCGUCAAAUGCGAGAUGAGAGAUGCCAAGUGUGGAAAAAUCCAGUGUCAAGGUGGCGCCAGUCGACCAGUCAUUGGUACCAAUGCCGUUUCCAUAGAAACAAAUAUCCCACAGCAGGAAGGAGGUCGGAUUCUGUGCCGGGGGACCCAUGUGUACUUGGGCGAUGACAUGCCAGACCCAGGGCUUGUGCUUUCAGGAACAAAGUGUGCAGAAGGAAAAAUCUGCCUCAAUCGUCGAUGUCAGAAUGUCAGCGUCUUUGGGGUUCACAAGUGUACAAUGCAGUGCCAUGGCCGAGGGGUGUGUAACAACAGGAAGAAUUGCCACUGUGAGGCCCACUGGGCCCCUCCCUUCUGUGACAAGUUUGGUUUUGGAGGAAGCACAGAUAGUGGGCCCAUCCGGCAAGCAGAUAACCAGGGCUUGACUGUAGGGAUCCUGGUGAGCAUCCUGUGUCUGCUGGCCGCUGGAUUUGUGGUGUAUCUCAAAAGGAAGACCUUGAUGCGGCUGCUGUUUACACAUAAGAAAACCACCAUAGAAAAGCUGAGGUGUGUGCACCCUUCUCGGACACCCAGUGGUUCUCAACUUGGCCAGGGUCACCCCACCCUUGGAAAAGGCCUGCUGAUGAGCCGGCCACCACAUCCCAACACCCCCAAGGACAGGCCGUCACUGCAAAGCCAGAAGAUUGACAUCAGCAGGCCCCUCAACACUCGAGCCAUCCCUCAUCCCCAGUCACCUCGGCGAGUGCUCCCACCUCUCCACCAGGCCCCACGUGCACCUAGCGGCCCUGCCAGGCCCCUGCCUGCCAAUCCUGCACUCAGGCAGGCCCAGGGCACCCACAAACCCAGCCCUCCUCAGAAGCCUCUGCCUGCUGAUCCAUUGAGCAGGGCAUCUCGGCUCACUAGUGCCUUGGUGAGGACCCCAGGGCAGAAAGAGCCUGGGUUCCGCCCAGCCCCAAACAGGUUUGCUGGGGACAUUGACAACAUGGAAAUCAGCAAAUGCUGCAGCUCAACCUCUUCCUCGGGAGAGUUUGAUUUAAAGGACGUUGGAACUACGCUCUCUUCUGCCAUCUCCCCGGUGGCUACCAAGGGUGCCAGUGGUGCCCUCACAGCUGAGCGCUGCUGGCUGCUUGUUUUCUAG